CUUGUCUGUCUUCUGGUUGAUAUUUGAGCCAUGGCAGUUUUGAAAAUAAGCUUCAUCUCCUUAAUAUUGUGCUUUCUUUGCUCUGCAGUGUAUGGUUGCCCAUUGAGGGAUUGUUCCCUGAUAAAGGACAGGGCAGCCAGUCAGAAGAGAUGUGUAUUCUCUGAUGUAUACAACAUACAACCACAAAAGGAGAGACCUCCUUUUAAUGUGUACUGUGAUAUGAAGACUGGGGAUGGAGGAUGGACUGUAAUACAGAGAAGGAUGGACGGCAGUGUUGACUUUUAUCGGAACUGGAAGGACUAUCAGUAUGGGUUUGGAAACCUAAAUGGAGAGUUCUGGCUUGGACUAGAUAAAAUAAGUCGUUUGACAGAAGAGAAAAGCUGCCUUAGAGUUGAUAUUAAAGAUUUUGAGAAUAACGCCAGAUAUGCACAUUAUUCCACAUUUUCUGUCGGUGGUCCACUAACUAACUAUAAACUAACAGUUGGUGGAUACAGUGGAAAUGCUGGAGAUAGUUUGGCUCUUCAUAAUGGAAUGAGAUUCACUACAAAAGAUAGAGAUCAUGAUAAUAAUCGUGAUAAUAAUUGUGCUGAACAAUAUAAAGGAGCCUGGUGGUACAAUGCUUGUCAUGCAUCAAACCUCAAUGGCUGGUAUGAUUACGGUUCUACUAGAUCCACUGCUACUGGUGUGGUAUGGUAUCAUUUCAAGGGACAUAAUUACUCACUCAAGUUUACUGAAAUGAAAGUGAAGAAAUGUUAGGGUUUACAUGAUAAUAAUACUUUGUAGCUUAGAGUUGAUAUUGUCAAUAUCAGUUUCAUUUAAUUAUACUAUAAAUUUAUGCAAUAAAAUUGGGCAAA